AUGGCCUGUCUGAGGAAAAUUAUCUUGUUCGAGCAAGCUUCAGAUGCAUUUCGACAUUCUCUGUGCGAUGCUGUCGUGCCUGUGGAGUAUGCGCGGGGCGCGACGGUUUUCAAGCAAGGCCAACCAGGAGAAUGGAUGUGCAUACUGCUGUCUGGAAGACUGGAGAAGACGAUCGUCCGAAAUCCAUCUUCGCCCGCGAUUGUCAUAGGCGAAAUUGCACCAGGUGGCAUCUGUGGUGACGCAGGUUUACUUGGGGUGAUGGAACUGCGAAGCCACAGCUGCCGGUGCUCAGAAGACUCCUCAUUGCUGAUGCUGUCUCGGACCGCCUUCUUCACCCUGGUUGACAUGACAGGAGGCCUGGAGGAGUACCCCCUGUUGAAACACUUGGAGAAGAUGCAGAAUUUGAUAGGUGACACGGACGCUUUCCUCAAUCUGCCCUUCUUUGCGAAGUUUGAGCGGGACUUCGUGAAACACAUCUGCGAGUACUUGGAGCCGAGGUUGUACUAUCCCGGCAUGGCCGUGAUGAAGGAAGGUGAAAUGGGAUUUGAGAUGUUCAUCGUUCACGCAGGUAGGGUGGAAGUCCUGAAGGGCAGCAAGCCAGUGGCUGAACUUGGUGGUGGGGUGGUUCUGGGGGAUGUUGCAGUUUUCGGAUCGGACAAGCGAAGAACUGCCACUGUGAAGUGCCUGGAGCCCACUAUGAUUUAUGUUCUGAAUGGGGACGUCGUGCACCAAACCUUGGAGUUGUAUCCACAGACAAAGAAGAUCCACGACCACGACUACAUUGCGCGCUUGUUGCGUUUUGAGCUGGAAAAGGUUGCCGACGAAGUCGAGAAUCUGGAAAACUUCUACGGCAAGUGCCACCCGAUGCCUUUGGAAGAGGUAAAUAGGGAGGUCUUCGGGAGAGACCUGGAUGUCAAGUAG